AGAAAAAGGCCCACCCCAAUUCCCACCCCAGAAUGGCGGGAGCCCUAGGACUAGAAGAAGAAAGAAGAAGACGAGGAAGUGGCAGUGUGGCGCGGCAGCCCUUCUCAAUCUCAAGUCUCAACAAAGAAGAAGCAACGGCAGCGGAGAGGUAAACGAUGGAAGGGCCUCAUCAUCAGGCCGGCACUGCUGCUGGGGAGCAACCGCCGCCGUCAUCACCAUUGGCGGCGCCGGUGGCAUUUGCAGAAGCGAACCUACCGGAUGCGGAAGCACCUCAUGAUCAGGAGGUGGUGGGUGUGGAAGGAGAUGAUCAGUCGGCGGCUCAGACUGGGAACUGCAUUGAUGAUUUUCAUUCUGACGUUGAUGAUCCUCAAGCUUUUGAGAUGAUGAGAAGAGAUACCACCAAGAUUGCGAUAGAAGCUCUGGAAUUCUACAACAACAAGGAGGGUACCAACUUCGUGCUUCGGAAGCCCUUGCUCAGUGGGUGUAAUCUGUUUCCGGGCACGCUUGUCAUCCACGCCAACUUCACAGCCAAGAAUAUCGUCGACCCCGCUGUAUUGGAAAACAACUCUCCCAGUCAGCUGUUUUUCUCCGAGACACUCAAAGUCUACCGGCAGCCAACCCGCAUUCUCAACUGUCUCGUCAUAGAUAAGUGUAGUAGUGAUAUACGCACAGGUUGUGCGCAUUGUCCGAGCCACAUGUGUGACAGAAGUUUCUACCAUCCUCCAUUGGGAAAUUCCGACUAUGGUGAGGAUGAGGAGAAGGAUCAUGCAAGGUUUGAUUAUGACGAAUCAACGACUAGCUCUGGAUCAGAUGAUGAAUGACCUGAGAAGAAGAGUAGCACACAGCUGGAUCCCCUUUGCUUGCAGACAGGCAACAACUUGUAAUGGUAGUAGUAACUUGUAGUGGAAGGGAACCGGAUGAGGAACAACAAUGUGGACCAUUAAUCAUACUUACCUUGAAGUAUAUGCUCAUUGCUCCAUGUUCGUUUCAUGUAUGUGAUUUGGAGAAUGUACGUGCCGUUAACCAAUUAACAACGAAUUUGGACGAAAUUCGACGAAUAAGAUUAAAAAAACCAACAUAACACGGAGAAAGA